UAUGCUUGUCGACCAGGUGCCAGAAUCUGGAAAGCUGACAUGAAUGGUACAGUCAGCAAUACUUAUCUCUUCAAAGAACUUCUCAAUUCUAAUCACUCAGAAAUCCAAUUGUUGUACAAGAAUGGAAUCCCUGCUAGCAGAGUUUCAGACCAUCAGUUUGGACCAUUGUUACUAUAUAUGGAGAAGUAUUUAGUGACAUGGAAUGAGUCCUCUCUUUAUGUUCUGAGUCCAGAGGACAAUUCUGUUGUGGGCAGUCAGCGGGCACUAGGGGCAGUAGUGGAUGUUGUGGUCAGUGAAGAUGAGAUUUUUAUUCUGAGGAAGAAUAAUGAAAGGAAUCUUGUCCGGGUAGCUGUAUAUCCAGAAAAGAAGGGAGAAUCUCUAUAUCAUAAACUUUUGCAUGAGAAGGAGAAAUAUGCUUUAAUGCGACAAUCAGCACCGCCAGUAGAAUCUACAUUGCAUGUUAACACUUCUCAACAGCCCAGUCAACCUUCACCAUUAGACUUCAUCCAGAAUAAACUGAAAUCAACCAUAGAGUCCACUGGAGGCUCCAUUAAAUCUGGGGUUGAACAUCUCCUGUCCUCCAUGGAUCAUUUGGAGGACUCGGUUGAGAUAACUGAGCACGAGAUCGAUCAUCGAGAUCACCCUCAUGCUCAGCCUCCUCAGGAUCUUCCUCCAGUGAUAAAACGCGAGACUGAGCUCCACCAAAAACUGCCUCCGGUCGUGAAACUGGAGACCCCAGACUUACUGACUGUAGAAAUUUUCACUGAUAACAUUCCCUCUAGUAAAAAGGACACAGUUGACAAUCCAGAUGAAAAGAAAAUUGUUUCCCCAACCACUCGUUUUAAUCCUUUUCUUAAGGAGGAUUUAGAGACCAAUUCAGUCCCAAGUUCUUCUGAUUUGCAGAUUGAUAAUUCUCAUGACAAAUCUUCUAUUGAAUCUACAGGAACAUUGAUACCUAGAGGACCAUCAGGGGUCAAAGUUCAAGCCACUCAAGAUGGUAGUGCUAAAAAUAAUUGUGCUUAUUCAAGUGUGACAGUGACAGAGGAGAAGUUAUCAUCAGCAGUUGGGGAUGAUGAUAUAGUGUUCAAUUCUAAACACAAAAGGCACAAGAAAAAGAAAAAAGGAUUGAAAGGUGACAGAGACUCUACACAUUCCCCUUAUCUUAGUGGUGUCUUGGACCAGGAAAACACAGAAGACAGCAUUUCUCUCAAAAGUAGUGAUACAAUCUCCAUCAAAAGUGACAUCAGUGAAGGGCCAUACUUCACAGAGGAGCUACAGGAGAAACCUAAAUUCAUGACUGUAGUUGAUGCAGAAGGUCAUGUGAAGAAAAUGCGAAGCCGGGAGUCAUCACCGGCACCAAGUACAAAAAGAUCACACAGUGCUGAAAAGUCCCAUCUAGCUCUCCCUUUGCAAGGGAUGAGAAAUUCAUCUUGUGAAUCCUUGUCUAAAAGUUUAGAAGAAUUUGAAAAGGAAAUAACUAGUUUGGAUAACAACAAAACAGGCACUCAUAAGCAGGAAGUAGAGUUAGAAAAAAAAGGUCAUUUAAUUGAGUCUAAAGAGAUACAUGUACAAAAAGAUACUGAAACUUCAUUAGCUCCGAAAAAGGAAAAACAAAUUUUGGAUGUAAAGGAUGAACAAAUACCUGAUUCAUCUAAAACUCCCAAAGAAAUUGUGUUAAACACAGCAUUAUCUCAAAUCACCACUUCUGUAACUGAAGCAGAGAAGAUUUUAUUAAGUGACAAGAAGGAACCCAGUGUAGAAAAAUUAACUAAAUCUUCACCUGUCUCUAAUAGCUCCUCAGAAAAUUCUCUUCUAAAAUCACCUGCACAGAAAGACCCAAGUCUCUUUUCAUCUCCAGAGCCAGAUGAUUUCUACAAAAUGUUCACAUCCAAUAGCAAUGUGACUUCACAGAAGGAUGUCACAGAGCAUCCACUCAUGCCUUCAACCACAGAAGAUCAUGAAGAAAAUGAGAUUGUCAGUUCAGGAAAAGAUGACAUGGAGGAGCCUUCAUACAAAGUGAUCAACAACUGGUCAGAAAUAUUCACUCCUGGCAAUUUGUCCUGUCUGUGUUUGACUGACACACACAUCUGGCAUGUGGAUAGAAGUUCCAACUUGUGGCACUGCAGUCUGACUAAUCCAGGGCUGAAGUGGCAGAAGGCAAAUGGCUAUGCCAAGAUGAUAGCAGUGUCUAGAUCUGGGAGUAUUGUAUGGAGACUGUAUAAAGACACUGUAUAUGCUGGGACCAAGUUAACAGCCAAACAUCCAGAAGGUCUGAAGUGGAUAGAGGCAGUUAGGGAGGUGCAAUAUAUAUCAGUGGAUGAAAGUGUAGCUUGGUACCUGAAAACAAAUGGUGAUGUUGUGAUGCAGAAGGGCUUGUCCAGGGACAGGCCAUGUUUUAAAGCAGUGAAGAUCACCUGUGACUUCAAACUGACCCAGAUUGCCUGCUACAAGGGAGUGGUCUUGGGGUUGACUGACCAGUGCCAACUGGUGUAUAGGGUUGGAAUAACCAAGGAGUGUGUGGAAGGAAAAGAGUGGAAGAUUAUUAAAUGCAAGUGUAGUCAGGAAAUGUUGUUCAGUGCCAUUGCUUUUGGAGUGGAUAGGAUUUUGUGGGCAUUAGAUGUUCUUAAUAGGAUAUGGUUUACCACUGGUGUUACCAUGGAAACUCCAACUGGUGAUGGAAACUGGUGGGAGGUUCCAGUCAGUGAAAUUGUAGUAAAGGACGUGUCUGGAAUAGAUGCUCUACGGUCCCUGGCGGAGAAGUUUGAUCCUCAGAAGCUGGCUUCCCUGAUCAGCUCCCAGACAGGUGGACUAAUCACAGCCGGUAAAGCUGGGGUGUGGGUGUGUCCAGAGUUCAAAAACCUGAUACAAAUCUGUAGAGGAGUUAUCCAAGGACAUGCAUGGGAAGUGGCAGAGAUCCCUGGGAUUGUAAGCUCUGUCAUUUGGAAAACAGUCACUGCUCAGGCUAGCGAUGAAGGACUUAUUUGGGCUAGUCAACCUAAUGGAGACAUCUACACUUUUUCAUCAAACCUGGAGAAAUGUAGCAUGGUGGAGUCCCCUUCCUACAGGAAAGGAGUACUUUGUCUGUGUGUCUGUCGGGAUGCUGUGUGGGUGCUUACUGAGGACAAUCAGAUCUUUAUACGGAAUGGGAUUAGAUCCAGUAAUCCACAGGGAUCUGGAUGGUGCAAACUGGACCUUACUCAACUGGGUGACACCGUAUUGACGUCAAUUAGCUGUGGAACGGUUCAUGUAUGGGCAGUGGAUACCCAGGGGGUCGUGUACCAGAGGAUUGGGGUCAAAGCCCCGACCUCCCACUCCCUCAAUGCUGCCUGGCUUCCAGUAGAUAUGGGCAGACAGACAUCUACAGUAUUUACAAACAUUGCAACAGGACCCAAAGAUUUUAUGGUGUGGGCCAUUGAUAACCGCCGUCAAGUUUACGCUAGGAAGGGUGUUACAGAAGACAUGCCAAUAGGAGAGGACUGGAUCCAUGUCCCAGGUACUUUAGCCACACAGUUGACAGUUUCAAAAAAGUGUGUGUGGGCAUUAAAUCCCAAUGGAGAAAUCCUGUGUCGCUUUGGCAUUUCUAUGAAAAAUCCCACAGGGGAUUACUGGAGAAAAGUCCCAGGAGUGUUUGAUCAGAUAUCAGUUAGCCAUUCUGAUCAGAUGUGGGCAGUGAGUCAGGAAGGACAGCUACACAGAAGAUUCACCAAGUAUUUAAAUAAGAACAGUGCAUCUGAUCAGGAUAAACUGCUACCAAAGAGAAGCUCUACCAGUAUCUCCAGCGACGAUGGGUGGGAGUUAUUGUAGAAAUCAACACCAUGCUGUCAACACUAUAGAAAUUAACAUCAUACUGUCAGCAGUAUUGAAAUCAACAUUAUACUGUCAGCAGUGUAGAAAUCAAGAUUAUGCUGUAAACAUUGUAGGAGUCAGCACUAUGCUGUCAGCAGUGUAGAAAUCAAGAUUAUGCAGAAAAAUUUGUAGAAGUCAGCACUAACCUGGCAGCAUUAUUUGAAUCACUAUGUUGACAGCAUUGUAGGAAUCAUUUCUAAACUGAUAAUAUUGACAUUUCCAUACGGUAUUAUUAAUGCAAAUCCAUAAACUAAACCCUUUGACCUUUGAUUGAUUAUUUUUCCUGCCCAAAUGGUAUUUAGAAGACAGAAAUUAAUGCACAAAGGAUAUAUU